ACCUCCUUAUUUUCAGAAUUUAUUAUUUUCAGGUACCUUGCCACUGGGAACAGCUUCAUUUCGUUACACUUUGAAUAUUUAUUGGGUGCCAGCACAAUUGGUCACAUCAUUAAAGAUACUUGCUCAAAAUUGUGGACAUGUUUACAACCAAUACACAUGCCUACCAAAUCAGAGGAAGAUUGGAAGGAGAUAGCAAAACAAUUUUACUUGCGAACGAACUUCCCAAAUUGCAUUGGUGCCAUUGACGGCAAACAUAUAAGAAUUCAGAAGCCAAAUCACUCUGGAUCUCUUUUUUACAAUUAUAAAAAUUACUUUUCGAUUGUGUUACUUGCUGUAGUAGACGCAGACUAUUGUUUUACAGCAAUCGAUGUAGGAUCUUACGGUAGUAACAGUGAUUCAAAUAUUCUGAAAAACUCCGCACUAGGUGCAAAGUUGAUUGAUGGCAAACUGAACAUCCCUCAAGCUCAAACUCUUCCUAAUGACGAAAAUGGAAAACCUAUGCCAUUUGUUAUAGUUGGAGAUGAAGCAUUUGCUACAUCAAGAAAUAUAGUGAGGCCUUAUCCCAGGAAGAAUUUAUCCAUGAAACAAAGAGUAUACAACUACAGAAUGUGCCGUGCUCGAAGAAUGGUGGAAUGCACGUUUGGUAUUUUAGCCAACAAAUGGCGAAUUUUUCCAUCGGCCAUUGAAUGUCCAAACGAACUUAGCGGAUGACAUUAUUAAAUCAUCCUGCGUUCUCAACAACUUUGUA